UUUUUUUUGGCGUCUCUCUUGACAUACUUUUAUUUACUGUGGAAAAGCGGGUAGCUCACGACUCUCUAUAUACUUUUUAGCCAAACUUCCAGAGAGUUAGCUAACUAAUAAACAAGAAAUCCACCUGGGGACGAGCCAGGCGUCGAGAGGAGGGUUUUGAAGGCGGGGGAUCGAACUCUAGAAGGAAGUUGAGCCGCCUUAUAAAGCGGAGCGCCGUGUGUGUCUGGAUGUCUGCUGGAGUUUGCUGAUCCGAGGCGCAAAACGCGUUUCCGCCCACAAAAAAGAUGGCGGCUCCCUUACUGCAGAAACUGUCGGAGUCCUUAGGUUCUCCAGAACCCGCGGUGCGGCUCAUUUUGUCCAUUUUGAUCGGCUAUCCUUGUGCAGCGGUGUACCGGCAGUUCUUGUUCCACCAGCCAGCCACAGUCCUUCACCUGUUCCACUUGUUCUCCGGUUUGGCUCUAGCAGCUUUUAACUUUGCAGGAGCUCAGCUUUAUCACUCUGCAGUAUGUGUCUUAGUUCAGUUCCUGAUGUUGAGACUAAUGGGGAGGACGGUAACGACCGUUCUAAGCAGUUUUACCUUCCAAAUGUUUUACCUGCUGGCCGGGUAUUAUUACACAGCAACAGAGCAGUACGACAUUAAGUGGACGAUGCCUCAUUGUGUCCUCACACUUAAACUCGUCGGUUUGGCGUUUGAUUACUAUGAUGGAGGAAAGGAACCGUCCAAACUCAGUGCAGAGCAGAGAAUCGGCGCCCUGUCGUCGGUGCCCUCGCUGCUGGAGGUAGCCGGCUUUUCCUACUUUUAUGGGGGCUUCCUAGUGGGCCCCCAGUUUACACUGCGCAGCUACCAGAAGCUGGUGGCAGGGGAGCUCUCCGACUGCCCCGGACAGCCUCCCAACAGUGUUUUCCCUGCAAUGAAGAGGUUUGCACUGGGCUUUUUCUUCCUGGUGAUAUAUGCAAUAUUUGGUCCCUAUUACCAAGACAGCUAUUACCUAACAGAUGAGUUUGAGGCUCAGCCUUUCUGGUAUCGCUGCGUUUUUAUUCUCCUCUGGGGAAAAGUCAUGUUGUAUAAAUAUGUCAGCUGUUGGGUUAUAGCGGAGGGUGUGUGUAUAUUAACCGGCCUGGGCUACAACGGAAUGGUGGACGGGAAGCACCAAUGGGACGCCUGUGCUAACAUGAAGGUGUGGCUAUUUGAAACCACCCCUCUUUUUGGAGGAACCAUCGCCUCUUUCAACAUCAACACCAACGCCUGGGCGGCCAGGCAUGUGUUCAAGAGGUUGAAGUUCCUGGGCAACAAGACCUUGUCUCACGUCAGCACGCUGCUCUUUUUGACUAUCUGGCACGGCCUUCACUCUGGGUACAUCUUGUGUUUCUCCAUGGAGUUCUUCAUCAUCACUGUGGAGAGACAGGCUCAGGCGUUGGUGCGGGACAGCCCCCUGCUGACGAGACUGGCCAACAGUCCUCUCUACCCCCUCAUCUACGUGGUGCAGCAGUUCCUCCACUGGCUGUUCAUGGGCUAUCCUCUGGUGGCGUUCUGCCUAUUCACCUAUGACAAAUGGCUAAAGGUGUAUUCUUCCGUCUACUUUUGCGGCCAUGUGUUUUUCCUCGUGGCCUAUUUAAUCCUGCCAUACCUCCGUAAAGCUCUAGUGCCUAAAAAAAGAACAGAGUGAUGGUAAAAGCGGAACUAAAACCUGGUUCUAAAAUUUUGCAUGGCCUGUCUAAGGCUGAAUGUCCUCUGAAGGGAACUGUGACUUUCAAGAAGCAGAACGGAAACUAUUUUAAGGCCUUUAUUAAUAUAUAUGUGAAUAUAUGUCCAUGUAAAAAUAAAUUUAUAUAUAUUUUUGUGUUUUUUCGGUGGGAGAGGAUUUUAUGAAACAUUUAAGGAAAUGUUUACAGGAAAUUACCAUUGUGCCAUGUGGGGUAAAUAUCAGUUGAUUUUGGGGCAACUGCUUUUUUGGAAGUUUUUUUUUUUCCCGAACUUUUGAAAAUUUGGAGACUUGUCCGAGGAAAACCGGACUGGAGUCGCAGGUUCGCUUUUCCUUCCUCAUUUUUUGUUCAGGUACUCGCACUUAACAGGUUUAAGCACAAAACCGCGGUGUGUGACAGUUCCUGCUGUGUUGAUGAAUCUUAUAGUUAGUUGCUGAACAAGUUUGAUACCGAUAACUAUUUGAUUUGUUGUGUGACUGGGUGCUAGUGGUUCUAUAAGCUCUGUCAACUGCACACUGUACACUAACACCAGACUCAGUCAGUGUGGCCUUUAUUAUUAACCAUCAUUUGUGCCCUUUUUUCUGGAAUUUAACUUAUGAUCAAAAAAAUGACUUUUUUUUAAGGGUUUUAUAAAUAUGUUGUAGUUUUUGGAAAAGUUUCAUGAAACGUUCAGCAGUUCUUCAUGUGGUUUUGCUCUUUUCCACAUGUUGUCUUUCUCUUUUGUUUUUGUUUCCUGGUUGAGUCUGUGCCAUUCCUCUGUACGUCUGCCUGCCCCUCAAACCGAAAUGCACAAAUGUGAAAGACGAUCCGUAUGAAUCAGUUUCAGUUCCUCCUGUGUUCAGUUCCAUGUCUUUGAGUACGGUUUUGGAUUUCAGAGUAAAAUCCUGGCAUUUGUGGUAGAAUGAGGAAGGUCAUGCUGCAAGAUUCCUGCUCGGAAAAAUACACUUUUUUUUAAAUAAUUUCUGGAAUCUGGAGAUAUUGGACCACCUUGCACACUGAAGGAAGGCUUGUGUUCUGCUGCCCACACCACAGUCCUUUCACUCAGAGGGGAGAGGCCAAACCUCACUGUAGCCAGGCCCAGAUUUUUAGUCAUAUUUAUACACAAGAUGCUGAUUAAUAAACAAAUGAACUGAUAUUUAAAAAUGUUUUUUAAAACCCUUUGUAAAUUUAUAAAUUAAACUUUGAGAAGAAAAUGGAGGUGGGGUGAUUUUCAAAUAAGAUUUUGUAUUGUUCAAUAAAAUGCUGUUUAAAGUAA